CCGAGGUGAGGCGUGCGAGGCGGCUGUGCCCCCCUAGCACGGACAGGCGGACACACGCGCAGACAGACGCGCCACACACGCGGACACACAGACACGGGCACACCCCACCCUGCCCUGCGCUGCGAGCGGGUGCAACCCCGGAGGCGAUCCUGGAGAACAACCUUUCCCUGUCGCUGCUGCCGGCUCCCGCAGGGCUGGACCCGGGGAGCUGCGUCGCGGAGCAAACUUCCCCCAAAGGGCUGAGCUCUUCGGCCUGGUGCCUGCAGCCGGAGCCGGCCUCCGGCUUGGCGGGCAGGGGCCAGGUGUCCUGGAACAAGUGCGGCCCGGGGGGAGACUGGCUGCCCGGCGGCAGGCAGAAGGUCUGCGAGCAGAUGGGCUCCGACGUCCGAGACCUCAACGCGCUGCUGCCCUCCGUGCCCUCCCUGCCGGGCAACAGCAACUGCACCAUGCCGGUGAGCAGCGCGGCGCAGUGGGCGCCCGUCCUGGACUUCCCCCCGGGGGCCUCCUACGGCUCGCUGGGGCCGCACUCCUUCAUCAAGCAGGAGCCGACCUGGAACGGGUCGGACCCGCACGAGGAGCAAUACCUGAGCGCCUUCACCGUCCACUUCUCCGGCCAGUUCACGGGCACGGCCGGCGCCUGCCGCUACGGGCCCUUCGGCGCCCCGCCGCCCAGCCAGCCGCCCUCGGGCCAGGCUCGGAUGUUCCCCAACGGGCCCUACCUGCCCAACUGCUUGGAGAGCCAGCAAGCGAUCCGCAACCAGGGUUACAGCACCGUGGCGUUUGACGGGACCCCCAGCUAUGGCCACACGCCGUCUCACCCCGCCGCUCAGUUCACGAACCACUCCUUCAAACACGAGGACCCCAUCAGCCAGCAGCCCUCCCUAGGGGACCAGCAAUACUCGGUGCCUCCCCCGGUGUACGGCUGUCACACCCCCACCGACAGCUGCACGGGCAGCCAGGCCCUGCUCCUCCGGACCCCCUACAACAGUGACAAUUUAUAUCAAAUGACCUCGCAGCUUGAAUGCAUGACAUGGAAUCAAAUGAACUUGGGAUCCACACUGAAGGGCCAUACAGCAGGAUAUGAAAAUGAGAACCACAGUGCUCCCAUGUUAUACAGCUGUGGGGCCCAAUACAGAAUACACACCCAUGGAGUUUUCAGAGGCAUACAAGAUGUCCGGCGGGUGCCAGGAGUCGCUCCAACCAUUGUCCGAUCGGCGAGUGAGACGAAUGAGAAGCGUCCCUUCAUGUGUGCCUACCCGGGCUGUAACAAGAGAUACUUCAAGUUGUCCCACUUGCAGAUGCACAGCAGAAAGCACACUGGUGAAAAACCUUAUCAGUGUGAUUUUAAGGACUGUGAACGAAGAUUUUCUCGUUCAGACCAACUCAAACGGCACCAAAGACGACACACAGGUGUGAAGCCCUUCCAGUGUAAAACCUGUCAGAGAAAGUUCUCCAGAUCUGAUCAUCUGAAGACUCAUACCAGGACUCAUACAGGUGAAAAGCCUUUCAGUUGCCGGUGGCCCAGCUGUCAAAAAAAAUUUGCCAGGUCUGAUGAAUUAGUUCGUCAUCACAACAUGCACCAGAGGAACAUGACUAAGCUGCAGUUGGCCCUUUAGACAGUUCAAACAAGUGAAUAAACCAGAUGGGACAUUAUGAGCUACUGCAAACUUUGUCAGCCAUCUUCGAUCACCUCUGUCAGAGAGCUGCAGCUGUCUUCGCAUCCCAUUUGACACAAGUUAACUAAACCGUAGGAUUCUGCUCUGCCUUGUCUUCCAUUUGGAGUUACACAAGUUCCUACUCAAUAAAUUCAAGAGAUUUUUACCUGUGAGAUUACCAUAAGCUGUUCUUAGCUCCACGUCUGUCUCCAUUUUUUUUUGUGUUAUCCUCACCUGAACUUUUCCAGGUACAAAUUGUUGUACCUUUUUAAGUCCUGCAGUGGAUGGAGUGACUCCUCCCUGUUGAAGGUUAGUUCUAUGCUUACAUCAUCUGUGCACAUGCUGAGGUUUCCGAAUGCUGGUGCAUCUAUCCUCAGAAAAUGAGACAGAGCAGUCACCUGAGAUACUUUUGGUAAACUUUGUACUCACACUGCCAAAGGGCAGGCUUUUAAAGUUGGAAGCUCUGCUUUUGAAUUUCACAAAUCAAACCUUUUUUUAAAGGAUGUCUUUCUAGAGCAGCUAAAGCUGGAUGAACCAGAGCCUCUCUGUACAGAAAAUAAGAAUCUUACCAUUAAGUUAACUUGUUUUUUAAAUAAUCACAUAAUUGAUCUCUCAAAACUGUUUUGUUUGUCAAUUAACUCUCUCCCUUUCUCUCUCUCUUUUUAAUGUAUUUGUUUAAAUUUAUUCUAUCAUAGAUCUCCUUUACACAAAACUAAUUCUGAUCAUUGUAGACAUUUGGGAUUUGUUUACAAUGUAAAGCCACACUGGUUAUGUGGCUCACAAGCUGUAUAAACUUAAAACUGAACUUUUAAUGGGGCUGGUCCAGGAUCUCCAUUAACAGAUUACUCUUAAGAUAAGUAACUUAAAAAGACUCUUUGUCAAGUAUAUGUGAAAAAGACAUUAUUAGCGUAAGGAAAUAUAUUAUUUCAGGGUUUUGGGAGGAGGGGUUUAUUAUUUACUUUUAAUUGCUUGAAAUUGUGUGUAUAUAUAUAUAUCUGAUAAUGUAUUGCUCUUAGACAUCUCCAGUUAGAAAGUGUAUAAAUAUUAGAAGCAUCACUGUUCUGAUGUUGUUGCUGUUAAAAACUAUGGAUAACACUAAGAAUGUAACCUGCAUUUUUCACUGAGCUUUCAAUUAAAGCCCAUUCAAAGAGAAA